UCUGGAAGUCUGCCCAGCGAUGUAUUAGUCACCGGGACCUGCUGCUUGCGCCACCCUGUCUUGAUGCAACCCGUGUUUCUGCACACUCGCCUGCACCCUGACUGGAAGUGGUUUGGCUCCGAGCCCUCCAGCUGCACAUCCCGUGACAGACAGACUCUCCGCUGCCCCCACACUCCAGAGCAGUAGGGAGUGGUGAUUCCUGCAGAAGGAUUCUCGGUUACAGCAGUCUCUCACUGGCUGCCCCCUGGAGAGGGCACCGUUCACUCCCGAGCUGCCUCUGUCAAUCUGAUCUCCGCCCUCAGCACUUCACUGACGAACGACCGGGGUUCAGUCGGUGCGACGAGUCACCACGAUGGAGAGUUGGAACGGACCGGCAUCACUCCUUUUCACUGUGUUGUCUCUCUGCUCUGGCCCGGGAAGCCAGGCAGUCUCCCACAGCUUGAUGUAUUUCUACCUCCAAUCCGUCAACAUUUCUGACCUGCCAGACUUCUCCAGGGUCGGCAUGUUGGACGACCUGCAGAUAGACUACUACGACAGCACCCUCGAAGAAGUAGAAGCCAGGCAGCAGUGGAUCGCAGACGGUUUCUCGGCUGAGUACUGGAAACAGCAGAAAGAAAUCACAGACAAAGUUCAUCAGUUCCUCUCUAUGUAUCUGAAACAAAUCAGCUCGUUCUUGAGUAUCAGCUACAUCCAGGGAAUCUGGGGCUGCACACAAUCUGGAAAUAUGUCCAAUACGAUUCUAAAGUUGAACGUCCCAGAUAUUGGAGAGAUCAUCUGUGACAUCGCUACAGAGAAGUGUACGGGCACUGGUGUCCUCGCAAUGUUCAACGAUCAGCUUAACCAACUCAUUUUCACUGACUUUGCUGCAGUGAACGCGAUCUGCAUUCAGUAUUUGCAGAGAGCUCUUCAGCUUGGUAAAGAGGUGCUUGAAAGGCAAGUUGCUCCAGAGCUUCGGGUGUUGACAAGGAAGCCCACAGCUACUGAAGGCCAGAGUCUCCGGUGCAUCAUCACUCCCUUCUACCCCCGUGCCAUCAACGCCACUUGGCUGAAGAGCGGGCAGGUGGUCUCUGAGGGCUACAAGGAGACUGUGCUACCAAACUACAACGAAACGUACUGGAUGGAGCUCAUCAUUGAGCUGCAGGACAAUGAUCCGAAGAUGUAUACCUGUCAGGUCCAGCACAGCAGCCUGUCAGAAACACUGAUGCUGAGGGGAGGAAACAUGCUGGACCUGAACUCCAGGAUGGUGGGGGUUGGGUGGCGGGUGUUGGUGGAGAGGGAGAAGGACACCGUUCACUCCCGAGCUGCCUCUGUCAAUCUGAUCUCCGCCCUCAGCACUUCACUGACCAACGACCGGGGUUCAGUCGGUGCGAGGAGUCGCCGCGAUGGAGAGUUGGAACGGACCGGCAUCACUCCUUUUCACCGUGUUGUCUCUCUGCUCUGGGCCGGGAAGCCAGGCAGGGGGCAGACGGGGCCUCUACUGAAUAGCUCAUUCAACCUGGUGGCGGGACAAGUGGGCAGCUCCCACAGCUUGAUAUAUUUCUACCUCCAUUCCAUCAGCAUUCCUGACCUGCGGGACAUCUCCAGGGUCGGCAUGUUGGACGACCUGCAGAUAGACUACUACGACAACACCCUCCAGAAGAUAGAAGCCAGGCAGCAGUGGGUCGCGGACGGUUUUACGGCUGACUACUGGAACCAUCAGAAAGAAAUCACAGACAGGAUUCAUCAGUUCCUCUCUGUAUAUCUGAAACCAUUCACCCCACUCAUCAACAUCAGCUAUAUCCAGGGGCUCUUGGGCUGCAUAAAAUCUGAAAAUACGUUCAAUACAUUUGUAAGGGUUGGCAUUCGAGAUUUUGGAAACAUCACAUGUGAUCUCACCAUUGGGAAGUGUACUGCCACAGGUGUCCCAGCAAUUCUGAACGAUCAACUUCAGCAAAUUUAUUUCACCGACAAUGCAAUAGUUCGUGUGGUGGAUGGUAGCUGCAAACAGUUUUUGCAGAGAGCUCUUCAGCUUGUUGCUCCAGAGCUUCAGGUGUUAACAAGGAAGCCCACAGCUACUGAAGGCCAGAGUCUCCGGUGCAUCAUCACUCCCUUCUACCCCCGCGCCAUCAACGCCACUUGGCUGAAGAACGGGCAGGUCGUCUCCGAGGGCUACAAGGUGACCGUGCUACCAAACUAUAACAACACGUACUGGAUGGAGCUCGUCAUUGAGCUGCAGGGCAACGAUCCGAAGAUGUAUACCUGUCAGGUCCAGCACAGCAGCCUGUCAGAGACACUGAUGCUGAAGGGAGGAGUUGGCGAGCCCCGUGGAGCUGGUCCCAUGCUGGGACUGAUGGCUGUGCUGGCAAUGGUCAUUGGAGCGGUGUAGAGGAGCAGCAAGGAGGGAGCCAAGGCAUCAUUGCAGAUGAGCGAUGGACCUAACUCAAGCCCAGCUCUGAACAUGGGGUGGAGCCUCUGUCUGGAUUUGUGAUGCGUGGUGGCAAACCUCAGCGAGCUUAGUGUUGCCUUCGGUGUGGUAACCGGUUGGAUGAAUCUUCUGCAGCUUUGCAGCACUCCUGUUUAUCAAUGUUUUAACAUUUUCUCACAUCUCACCAGGAUUCAGGUUUCAGUGUUGCGGUUGUUAAGAAACGUGAUGUGAGAUCAGCAAGUGCUAUCAGGGGCAGGCACGGUGGUGUAGCAGUUAGCGUAACGCUUUCACAGCACCAGCGACUCUGGUUCGAUUCCGGCCGCUGUCUGUAAGGAGUUUAUACGUUCUGCCCGUGUCUGCUCGGGUUUCCUCCAGUUGCUCCGGUUUCCUCCCACAUUCCAAAGACGU